ACAAGUCAGGCACUGGCUUCAAUGCACUUACUCAUCAGCAAUCAUUCCACAGAAGUUUCUCCUUGUCACUGACUCUGAUAACGCCAUCCAUCGCAUAGACAUCGACACGGGAAGUAAUGUUACAAUCAGUCCCAUUGGUCUACAGGACCCAAUGGGUAUUGACUACGAUCCAGUAGACGGUCGUGUCUAUUGGUCAGAUAUAGAGGACGAGACAAUUCGAUCCGCAAAGCUUGAUGGCAGCGAUGCUCAGCUGGUUCACAGCAUUAGUCAAGGAGGUUCUCUGUGGGGCCUAUCAUUGGACUCUGUGUCGAGGCUACUAUUCUACGCCGACCACGGCAACAAAGUCAUCGGAAUGAUAUCACUGGACACCAACAGUCAUCAGAUUGUCGUCGAUUCAGACAUUGAUUAUCCUAUAGACAUCGAGCUGGACAAACACAACGGUGUGCUGUACUGGAGUGACAGCAACAAAGUUACCAUAGAGAGGUGUAACUAUGACGGCUCGGACCGUGAGACACUAGUUUCUGCAUCCAGACAUCUUGAAGGUCCUAAUGGUCUUGCUUUGGACAUAGAGGGUUCCCUUCCUGGUGGUGGUCGGUGCUCCAGCUUGCGCACACCACGGUUCCUGCUCGCUUCGUCGGGGUGCAGCUUCUUGACCCCCAAAAUACACACUACUUGUAGCUCCUAUCCACAGAGCUCUCACGGCGAGAAUACAAGCUGAAAUGUGGAACCUCAGUUGUAUAUCCCCAGUAGUACAGCUGCUCUCUUUGACAGUAAUACCUCCCUCGUGUUACAUCCACAGUGAUUAGUGAAGUAUAAACACAAGAAGAAUUGAAUACCUUACAAGUGACAAUUUAGAAUUUAUUUAUGUGAAUCUUCUUUAUUGUUGUACCUGGAUGAGGAUUAUUGAUGUAUCUUACUGGUAAUAUAUGUUGUGUAUGCUGAAAGAAGGAUACAUUGUUCUUAUUAAUGUGUCUAUUUGUAAAUAAUAAUUGGUGCCUCAUUAGACGGACACCCACCGAUCUCGUUUAAUCUUUUAUGGAAAGAAUGCGCAUGUCAGUGGAUAGUCCGUGACACUUUGUAUGAAUUGAUCCGCAGGUGUACAUAUUCGUGUUUUUCCAUUCCUUAUUUCUUUUAUACUUACUUGUGUUUGUGUUUAUACAUAUGUAUGUGAUGAAUGAAUGUAUUUUUGAAUGUGUGAACGGGUGGAUCCAUGGGUGCGCAC